UAGGGAAUUAAUUUCAUAAAAUUUUAUUUAUUUAAAACUAUUAAAACUAUUAGAGCACUUUUUUUUCCCACCCAGAAUUAUUAACAAAUAAAAUGGCUAUUAUAAAGAAAAUUGAGUGUCAAGUUUGUUUUGAAUUUUGUUCAAAAUCUUCAUUCCCUAAAAUUACCUCUAAUUGCAAUCAUAAAUUAAAUAUUUGUAAAUCAUGUGUUAGCAAGCAUAUUGCAUCUCAAUUAGACAGUAAAAUAGAAAGAAUUAAUUGUCCAUUUGAUAGAUGUGAUCGAAAAUUUAAUAAUGAUGAUAUAAAAAAUAUUAGCGAAGAGUUAUUUGAAAGAUUUGAUAUUUUAAUUCUUCGUCAAACAUUGAGCAAAAUGCCAGAAUUUAGAUGGUGUAAAAAUCCCAAAUGUGAAUCUGGUCAAAUUCACUUUGAAGAAGAUGAUGCACCUAUAAUGACGUGCCAAGCUUGUGGUCAAAAAUCAUGUUAUACUCAUGAUAUUCCUUGGCAUGAAGAUUUAUCUUGUUCUAAUUAUGAGGUAAAUAAACAAGGUAAUGACGAAGAAACUCAAGAUUUACUCGAGAAAGAAACCAAACCAUGUCCAAAAUGUGGAAUAAGAAUCACUAAGGACGAAGGGUGUGAUCAUAUGACUUGCAGUAUUAGGACCUGUGAACACGAAUUUUGUUGGUUGUGUUUUGCUGAUUAUGAAGAGAUUAGACAACAUGGAAAUACGUCUCAUGAACCUACGUGCAAAUUUUAUGCUUAAAAUGUAAAAGUAUAUAAUAAAUAGUUAUUGGAUGGGGGAAGGAGAUAUCGGUCCUCGACGAUAUCCCCCAUCCAAUAACUGAGUUAUAGUUCGGUCAUUAGGAAUACUGCGGCGACUUAUAGGAAUUAAUGCUACUAAUAACGAUUUCAAUAUUGGUUAAAAUCCCGCAUAUUCCUAAUCGACUGAACAAAGUAUAUAAUUAAUUAAUUAUUAUUUAUUAAAUACUGUAAAUUAAACUUAAAUAAAUCAGUUCUAUAUGUUUGUGU